GAGCGUGGGCUGCGGACUUAGCGUAGAGUCGGCUUUCCAUUAGGCUCCGCCUACUAACGAAGACUCCGUGAACGGUGGGCUACUGUACGUAAUCGGCGUUCCCCAAGGUGAAUGGCAGAGAAAUAAUGUGUACGCCAGUAGCGUAGAGAACGAGGAUGCGGCUGCGCGGGUGAUUGAGCAGGGCUUUGUACGCCGGCAGCGUAGCCGAGCGUGGGGCGGGCAUGCCGCCUCGACGCAGCUAGCGCAGCUGGUUUUGAUGAAUACGCUCUUUGGUGCAGCCGGGGUUUGGUACCGAGCGGAGAGGAGAUGCACACGGCACUCGAGUGUGAGGAAGAUCAGAAAUGAAGGUACACAUGCACACAAAAUUUUGCCUCAUUUGUUUGCUGACCUUUAUUUUCCAUCAGUGCAAUCACUGCCAUGAGGAAGGGCAUGACCAUCACAAUCACAACCAUAAUGAUUACCAGAUCUCAGAGGCACCAUAUCUCCACGGUGGUAUAACAGAAUCGGAGGCAAGUAAGUUUUCAGUGCCGGAUGCUGAAAAUGAAAAAAAAUACUACAUUGAAAAACUUUUUGCUCGUUAUGGCGAAAAUGGAAGAUUGUCAUUUUUUGGUCUGGAGAAACUUUUAACAAGCUUGGGCCUUGGAGAGAUAAAAGUAGUUGAGAUUAAUCAUGAGGAUAUUGGCCACGAUCAUGUUUCUCACUUAGAUGUUUUGGCAGUUCAGGAAGGAAAACAUUUUCACUCUCAUAACCAUCAACAUUCCCAUAAUCACUUUAAUCCAGAAAAUCAAACUGGGACUAGUGGAACAUCAAAAAGAAACCACAGAUGUGAACCAGAAAAAGACACAGCUGAAAUACCUGUAAAAUCUGAAAAUAAACAUUCUCAUGACCAUAAUCACCACCCCCAUCACCACCAUCAUCUGCAUCAUCACCCUGACCAUAACACUACACACCACUCUCAUAAUGAUUCCGUGACUCACAGUGAGCAUGGUGAGCCAAGCCAUGAACCAUCAUCUGAGACUAACACAGCUCAGGAGCAAGCUGAAGUUAAACUUCGGAAACCCAAGAAGAGAAGAAAAGGAAAGAAAAACAGUGAAACUUCUCAGGGUGAACAGCAUGAACAUAAUCGGGUCCACAAAUAUGAUCAUGUGCACCUUCAAGAGCAUAAUGGCCACAAUAAUGGCCAUGGACACCAAGGUCCUGAUUCUCACCAUGAAGAUGAACAUCAGCAUGUUCAGAAGCGAGAGGCCCCCCACAAGCAGAACAGUGUGAAAAAGAAUGCAGUCUAUUCUGCACACAGCCACAGGGAUCACAGCCAUCAUGAAGAGUGUUUGAAUGUUACUCAGUUAUUACGAUACUAUGGUCAUGGGGCCAACACUCCAAUUUCUCCUGAUCUCUUUACAUAUCUUUGUCCUGCAUUGUUAUAUCAAAUUGACAGCAGACUUUGUAUUGAGCAUUUUGAUGAACUCCUGUUUGAAGAUAUCAACAAGGAUAAAAAUAUGCUUUCUGCAGAUAAGGCAAAUAUAGGUGCAUCAGCUUGGAUUUGUGGUCUCAUUUCUAUCACGGUUAUUAGCCUACUAUCAUUGCUCGGUGUGAUCUUGGUUCCCAUAAUUAACCAAGGAUGCUUCAAAUUCCUCCUUACAUUCCUGGUUGCACUGGCGGUGGGAACAAUGAGUGGAGAUGCACUUCUUCAUCUACUUCCACAUUCACAAGGGGGCCAUGACCACAGUCAUCAGCAUGGACAUGGACAUGGACACGGACAUGGGCACAGGCAUCCUCAUGGACAUGAAACAAAAAAUCCAGAAUUUUUGGAAGAGUAUGAUGCAGUAUUGAAAGGACUUGUAGCUCUGGGAGGCAUUUAUCUGCUAUUCAUCAUUGAACACUGUAUAAGGAUGUUUAAGCAUUACAAACAACAAAGGGGAAAACAGAAGUGGUUUAUGAAGCAGAAAGCAGAAGAGUCAGCUAUCGGAAGGAAGCUUUCAGAUCAUAAAUUAAAUAAUACCCCAGAUGCUGACUGGCUUCAGCUUAAACCUCUUGCAGGAACUGAUGAUUCAGUUGUUUCUGAAGAUCGACUUAAUGAAACUGAGCUAACAGAUUUGGAAGGCCAGCAAGAAUCCCCUCCUAAGAACUACCUUUGUAUAGAAGAGGAGAAAAUUAUGGACCAUUCUCACAGUGAUGGUGUACAUGCUGCUCAAGAGCAUGAUCUUCAUUGUGCAGCACAUAACAACCACGAGGAAAGCAAAACUGUGCUGAGGAAGCACAAUCAUCAGUGGCACCACAAACAUUCCCAUCAUUCACAUGGACCCUGUCAUUCUGGGUCAGAUCUGAAGGAAACUGGAAUAGCUAACAUAGCUUGGAUGGUAAUCAUGGGGGAUGGCAUCCACAACUUCAGUGAUGGCUUAGCAAUAGGAGCAGCUUUCAGUGCUGGAUUGACAGGAGGCAUUAGUACCUCUAUUGCUGUUUUUUGCCACGAACUUCCCCAUGAAUUAGGUGAUUUUGCAGUCCUCCUUAAAGCUGGUAUGACAGUAAAGCAAGCCAUUGUGUACAACCUUCUCUCUGCCAUGAUGGCUUACAUAGGCAUGCUGAUUGGUACAGCUGUGGGUCAAUAUGCCAAUAACAUCACCCUCUGGAUCUUUGCCAUCACUGCAGGCAUGUUUCUCUACGUAGCCUUGGUGGAUAUGCUUCCAGAAAUGCUGCAUGGUGAUGGUGACAAUGAAGAACAUGGCUAUUGUCCUGUGGGGCAGUUUAUUCUUCAGAAUUUUGGCUUACUUUUUGGGUUUGCCAUCAUGCUGGUGAUCGCCCUUUAUGAAGAUAAAAUUGUGUUUGACAUCCAGUUCUGACCAUUCCCGGUAAUCACUGUCAGCCACAAUGAUGUUGCUGUAUGGCUUUGCACCUGCCCCGUGUACUAUGUGCACACUGCUCUCUCUGAGAAAGACUGUGGCUUGCACUACUUACAAGUUUCAUAAAUUUGCAUAUAACCAUGAAAGACAGUGGAGCUCAUGCUUAUUUUUCCUGAGUGACAACUGGUCUUUAAAAGAAUGAAUGAUAAAAUAAGGGAAAAAAAUGGGACUCUAUGGACCAUUGUUUGUAUAGGUUUGAUGAAGAUGCUAUAGAACCUAUUCUGGUUAGAAUUUCUAAGAACACUAAUAGGGCUGCUCAGACUUGUCUGCAAUCUGCCCAGAGAACUAGAAUUUGAACCAAAUCUUUACAAACAUAGAAAGAUUUUAAAUGUACUUGAUGCUGGGCACACCUUUUUUGUUCAUUCGGAGCAAACAUAAUUACAGUAUACCGGGGCUUGUAGUUCAGCUUCAUAUAAACUGUAUGGUAAUAGGGAUCAACUUGAUACAACUUUUUAAUAGCAUAAAAAGUUAUUAGAUUUGAUGUUAGCUUGUAGGAACUAGUAGGAAGAUUCAGGCUGCGUUAGAAUUUGUGUUUAGUGUGGGGGCAAGCCCUGACUCUUGUGCUCAUAGAGUUACUAUUUUUGUAUAUAUUUGCAUAGUGCUUUCACUUGCAGCCUAAACUACUGAGAAAUAGUGAUUGUAUGUUUGUGUGAACUCUGGUUUAAUGAAAGAUUCCUAACGGUUCUUAGUAUUAAUAGUGUGGUUAUUUUGGGGACAAGGUAAAACUUUUUUUCUUUCCUUUUCAUAGCAGUGCCCUAAAAAAAAAAAAAAUCAAAGAAAUAAUGCACCACCCCCUUCAAGCAUGGUCCAAAUACAGGUUUCCCUGUUGCCUGCGUUGUUAUUGACCUGUGUGGGAAGCUGUGUUGUGAGUUCUGAAUGUAUUACUUUAAAACAAUGGCAUUAGAGCCAGGAACAUAAACUGGCUGUGCCAGAAAACCAAUAUUCAGGAUUUAUGUAUUAAAAAGUAAUGGUUAUUCAAAGAGUUAAUAGCAUAGGAGCCCUUUCCAGGGGUUCUAAUGGAACCAAAUCAUUUUGGUUUGGAGGAUAAAUGAAAUGAUCAGAGGCCUUGACCUAGUGAAAUCAGUUUUACUACUUCAUGCCAAGAGAAGACACUGUGUGUGCCUGAUUAGUCUUUUUUAGGUCUCCUAUAAUUGUGAAUGAUUUGUGAGAAGUGCAAGCCAUGUUUAUCCUAUGUUUUGACCUAAUGACCCUUAGUGCUAGUCAUAAGCAUGUAGCCUUCUGUUGACAUGUGCUACGGUCUUCAUUUCCAUGUGUGCCAGGUAAGCUAUAUUUGGAUUCUGUGCAGCCAGUUUUGUUUUCGUCUGCUUGGCAACCAGUUUAGCUGCUUUUAAAAUCUUAUUAUUCUAAUACCUUAAUAAGAGCCAAACUCUUUCCAUUCCAUUUUUGAAGUUUUUCCAUUUUAGCUUCCUCCCCUACCCUUUUUUAUUCUUCCUCCCUCCCCAUUCCUUUCACUCUUUUAAUUUUUUAAUUUUUUGUAUUUUUGUUUUGUUUUGUUUUGAGAAGAGCAGCAUGUACCCUUAGGUAUUAUUAGGUGCCUGCCAGUAUUUGUUCCUAAUGCUUUAAGCAGGGGUUAGGGGGGCAUCUGUGUUGUUAUUCUGAGUUAGGUUUAGUUCAAUAAAAGAGCUCUGGCUAUAGCGGCGAACUCCCAUUGUCACAAGUUGGGUUUCUGCACUUGGGCAGUGGGAAUACUCUUCACAGCAUUGGGCAUUUUAAUUAGUAGAGUCCCAAUUCAUUGCUUGGUACUUGGGGCAAUCUAGCAGAAAGGUGCUACCAACUCCAAGUGAUUCAAGUGUCUCUCAGAAAUAAAAUUUUUGUUUGGACACAAUUCUGCAUUCCAUCAUUUACAUUUACUUCAUUAAAGAACCAUUUUAUGAACGGCAACAGCUGAAUACAUGUCCUGCCUUAAAAUGGCUGGUUUUAAAACAAAUUAGUUUGUUCAUGUUUGGCUUUACAUUUUUCUCAAGAAUGAAACAACUGUCCUUAUUCGCUAGAAGUUUUUCCAGUCUUUUGUGAAGAGCAGUGUAUCUGUUGCUGCUAGUCUUUCUUUAGGUUCCCACCAGUAUUUGGUUCCAGACCAUUCUAAUGUACAGUUUUAAGUCCUAUUAGACAAUCGGAAUUCCACUACAUUUCUCAUUGGCUCCAACAUUCCAUUCAGCUUGAACGGUCUAAUUCAACUUCUAUAUGUUGGAGGUCAUUAAUGUUAUUUGUUACAAUGCUGUCACUGUGUGACAUCCAUAUGAAUUUUGAUGUAGAUCACAUUGCACUCAAUCAGCUGUGAUUAUGCUUAGAAAUACUGUAGUUAAACUAGAUGCAGUGUGUUUUUUUCCAUUAACAAUGAGUCUAUGGUUUAAAUGUGAUGAUGGUCCUGCAAGUUGAUACUUGCUGAGAUAUCUAAACUUUAUAAAUAAAUCACUUUUAAAAAUUUAUAAAGCUGGAAAUGAUUAAAUGCUGUUUUUGUUUGUCAGCAGUGGUGUGUUCAUUUUAUGUAUGUUCCUGAUGCAUAAGGAACUCCCCCGAAAUAAAGUUAUUCAAAAGAGCAAAUA